CGCGGAGUCACUCGCCGGCGCAUUCCGCCGCCCGCAGGCUUGCGGGGAAACUUCCUUAUUAUUGUGACGCCGAAUCGGAGAAACCCCGAGCGGGGCCGGAGGGGCUGUCACGGGCGGGAUCCCGGGCGGCGCGCUGUGCUCGCGGUCGCCGAGGUCUGUGAGGGGAGGGAAAACCAUUCUGGCAUCUACUCCAAAUGCCAAGGGUGUGACCUGCGAACUCUCUUCUAGGCUACAUGACUCCCUGAAGGAUAAAGAACAAUGUUAUGUUGGGGAUAUUGGUCUCUGGGCCAACCUGGGAUCAGCACCAACCUGCAAGGGAUUGUGGCUGAGCCACAGGUGUGUGGAUUCAUAUCUGAUAGGAGUGUCAAGGAAGUGGCCUGUGGAGGGAACCACUCCGUGUUCCUACUGGAGGAUGGGGAAGUUUAUACGUGUGGUUUGAACACCAAGGGGCAGCUGGGCCAUGAGAGAGAAGGAAAUAAGCCAGAGCAAAUUGGAGCUUUGGCAGACCAGCACAUUGUCCAUGUGGCAUGUGGCGAGUCACAUAGUCUGGCCCUCAGUGACCGGGGUCAGCUGUUUUCUUGGGGUGCUGGGAGUGAUGGUCAACUAGGACUCAUGACUACUGAGGAUUCGGUGGCAGUGCCCAGGUUAAUACAAAAGCUGAACCAGCAGACGAUAUUACAAGUUUCCUGUGGCAACUGGCAUUGCUUGGCUCUUGCAGCUGAUGGUCAGUUCUUCACAUGGGGAAAGAACAGCCAUGGACAGCUGGGUCUGGGAAAGGAAUACCCCUCCCAAGCCAGCCCGCAGAGGGUGAGGUCCCUGGAGGGCAUCCCCCUGGCUCAGGUGGCUGCAGGAGGAGCCCACAGCUUUGCCCUGUCUCUCUCAGGAGCAGUUUUUGGCUGGGGGAUGAAUAAUGCAGGGCAGCUAGGGCUCAGUGAUGAAGAAGAUCGAGAGUCUCCCUGCCACGUGAAACUCUUACGAACGCAAAAAGUCGUCUAUAUUAGUUGUGGAGAAGAACAUACAGCGGUACUCACAAAAAGUGGAGGUGUGUUUACCUUUGGUGCGGGUUCUUGUGGGCAACUUGGCCAUGAUUCCAUGAAUGAUGAGGUUAAUCCAAGAAGAGUUCUGGAGCUGAUGGGCAGUGAAGUAACGCAGAUUGCUUGUGGCAGACAACACACCCUAGCCUUCGUGCCUUCUUCUGGACUCAUCUAUGCAUUUGGUUGUGGAGCGAAAGGUCAAUUAGGAACGGGACACACUUGUAAUGUUAAGUGCCCAUCCCCUGUGAAAGGCUACUGGGCCGCUCAUAGUGGCCAGCUUUCUGCCAGAGCUGAUCGCUUUAAAUAUCAUAUUGUUAAGCAGAUCUUCUCUGGAGGAGACCAAACUUUUGUACUUUGCUCCAAAUAUGAGAAUUCUUCCCCUGCUGUUGACUUCAGGACGAUGAACCAAGCACAUUACACCAGUUUAAUAAAUGAUGAGACCAUAGCAGUUUGGAGACAAAAACUCUCAGAACACAACAAUGCAAAUACAAUGAAUGGUGUUGUUCAGAUAUUAUCUUCUGCAGCCUGUUGGAAUGGAAGUUUUCUUGAAAAAAAAAUUGAUGAACAUUUUAAAACAAGUCCCAAAAUCCCUGGGAUUGACCUGAACUCAACGAGAGUGUUAUUUGAGAAGUUAAUGAGCUCUCAGCACUCAAUGAUUCUAGAGCAGAUCUUGAACAGCUUUGAAAGUUGCCUGAUUCCUCAGUUGUCGAGUUCACCACCAGAUGUUGAAGCCAUGAGAAUCUAUUUAAUACUACCCGAAUUCCCUCUGCUCCAGGAUUCCAAGUAUUAUAUAACGUUGACUAUUCCCCUGGCUAUGGCCAUUCUGCGGCUGGAUACAAACCCUAGCAAAGUACUAGAUAAUUGGUGGUCUCAGGUAUGCCCAAAAUAUUUCAUGAAGCUGGUAAACCUCUAUAAAGGUGCAGUCGUUUAUCUACUGAGAGGAAGAAAGACAUUCUUAAUUCCUGUACUGUUUAACAAUUAUAUUACAGCAGCUCUCAAGCUCCUGGAGAAAUUAUAUAAGGUAAAUCUCAAAGUGAAGCAUGUGGAAUAUGAUACAUUUUACAUUCCUGAGAUUUCCAACCUUGUGGACAUUCAGGAAGACUACCUCAUGUGGUUCUUGCAUCAAGCAGGCAUGAAGACUAGACCAUCUAUAAUACAGGAUACUGUAACACUUUGUUCCUACCCUUUCAUCUUUGAUGCCCAAGCCAAGACCAAAAUGUUGCAGACUGAUGCUGAACUACAGAUGCAGGUGGCGGUCAACGGAGCUAACUUGCAGAAUGUCUUCAUGCUUCUCACCUUGGAGCCUCUGCUGGCCAGAAGCCCCUUCCUGGUCCUUCACGUUCGCAGGAACAACCUUGUUGGAGAUGCCCUAAGAGAGCUGAGCAUUCAUUCUGAUAUUGAUUUGAAAAAGCCUCUCAAAGUAAUCUUUGAUGGUGAAGAAGCAGUGGAUGCUGGUGGUGUUACAAAGGAAUUCUUUCUUUUACUGUUAAAAGAACUUUUGAAUCCUAUCUAUGGAAUGUUUACCUACUAUCAGGAUUCAAAUCUCUUGUGGUUUUCAGAUACGUGUUUUGUAGAGCACAAUUGGUUUCACUUGAUUGGCAUAACCUGUGGACUAGCCAUCUACAACUCCACUGUGGUUGACCUCCACUUCCCAUUGGCUCUCUACAAGAAGUUACUGAAUGUAAAGCCUGGCUUGGAAGACCUAAAGGAGCUGUCACCCACUGAAGGAAGGAGUCUUCAAGAACUUUUAGAUUACCCUGGGGAAGAUAUUGAGGAGACUUUCUGCCUCAAUUUCACGAUUUGUCGAGAAAGCUAUGGAGUGAUUGAACAGAAGAAGCUGAUACCUGGGGGAGACAAAGUAACUGUGUGCAAGGAUAACAGUUGUUUGCUACUAAUUGACUUCAGGGCUGCUCCUACAACACAUUUUCAAUAAGGAUGUUUGGAUGCCACAGAGUUUCCUUAAAAGAAAGGCAAUACUUAAAUCCAAGAGUAAAAAGAAGGGAGCCCGCAUCAUUCUCUUACUUGUAUUAUGAAGCUCCUAUUUACAUGACUUCUAAAAAGUCGCUUCAAAAGUUUUCAAGUCUUUUUACUUGCUGUAGUUUUAAAAAUUGCCAGGCAGAAGGUGGUGGACUCCUGUUUUGAUUGCCAACACACGGUGUUUGAGAUUAACACGUGGAACUUCUGUCUUUGGUGAAAUUUAGGUUUUGGCUUUUCUGGGUCACUAGCACUCAGCAAGCACACAGUGAACUCAUCCAUUCUGUCUUAGGCACUGUGGUACAUGCCUUUGCACUAGUGACAGGAGGCAGACCUUAUUUCUGUCACACAGUUACCUAUUGGAGAGGCUUCUGAGAACCUAGUAUAGUUAUUGCCACAUUGCUUAGUAUCACUGUCAUGGUGAAGCACAACUGGAAAGGCAUGAGUGCAUUUCUCUUCUUUUUAUUUUGUUCUGCAAAAGCAGAAAUAUUACCAGCAAAGCCUAUUGAGAUCCUGGCAAGAAAUGCAUACAACUGUGAAAGAUUAAUCAUUCCAGCUGUUUUUCCCUUUUAUCUAGUAUAUGUCAUAAUCUCAUCCCUAGGAGUUGGGGUCCUUUUUGGGAAUUUCUUAGAUGGACCUAAGAAAACUAGAUAAAAGAACUAUAAAAAUAAUGCCUGCUGGAUUUUUAACUUGUGGAGAGUAGAAUACACAGAUACUGCUGGUAUUGAAGCUGUUUUGUUAACAGUGAAGUAUUUGCUGUCACCACUGCCCUGGAGAAAAAUGCUAGAAAGAUACUAAUUCUAUAUCCGUAAUUUAUUAUAUUUCAUUUGAUCUUAAAAUUGCAUUCUGUCCUUGGACAAGAGCUGCAGAUAUCAAAUGAGUUACAAGCAUCCAAGUAAAAGAACAUUCAUGGGUGAAUGCUAGUGGCUACAUCAUAGCUAAAUCUUCCCGCAGCUGCUAAUCACAUCUGCAUAGUGACUACUCAUGGUGAAGUAUUUCUCACAUUGUGUAACAUGGUAUUAUUACCAUUAGUGAAAAAUCCACAUAUCAUUUUAGAUUCCCCCAAAUUGACCUCAAUUUAAUGUAGUCAAAUUAAAUACAAUAGAGGUCUUCUCCCAUUUCUGCCAUAUUAAGGAAGGGAUGGGGAAAAUAAUAAAAAGACCACCUAGUAAGGCAUGCAAGUGCUCCAAAGGGCACCCAGAAUCCAUAGUGAGAACCUGAGGGAAAAAAAUCAUACGUGACAGACACCUUGAGUUCCUUAAGGUCUGCUGAAAUUAGGACUGCUGACAGACUUGAGUUGAUCUCUCAAGAUAGUCUAUAGGACUUUAAGAUCUACUUUGUAUUUCUCAUUGGGCUGUUCUCGGAAUAGCAGAUAAUUAAAAUGCCAGUAACAUUUCUUGAGUGCUUAUAUUUGUCUAAGUACUUCACACGGAAUGCUCCCCACUUCACGGAUGCAGAAGCUGGGGCACGCACAGAGAGGCAUAUGUUACUUGUUCAGGGUUACACAGCUAGAAAUCUAGGAUUCAGAGCCAGGCAUUGUGAGUGAGAGCUUGUGCUCCACCCCUCUUCCCCAACCUAGGAAGAAAAAUGACUUAGAACGUUUGCUAUUUUCCUUUCAGGCACAACUACGGAGUUUUUAAAAAACAAAGUUGGCAUAGUUAAAAAUAAACUAUAUAUAUAAAAUUAUAUGUUGGAAUUUUUAAACUUAGCUUGAGACAAUGCUUAUAUUUACCAUAUAUUUACGGACACCCUUCAUGAUGACUACACAGUCUGCCAUGUGAAUGUGUAUGUUCUGUUCUCUCACUUUGGGGUAUUUGGCUUCUAAAUUCUAUUUCUCUCCCUCUUCCUUAAUUUUUAAUAAGACCCAUGAAGCAUCUUUUGUGUAAAAAGCUUUGUUUGCCUUUAAAAUUGCUUUUUAAUGAUAAGAUCUCAAGGGUGAAAUUGAAUUAGUGUAUAUCAUUUUGAAUCAGUUGAUAGAUGUUUUUGCUAAAUUGAUUUUAUUAAUGAAUUAUAUAUCAACUUGUAUAUUAUAAGUGUAUGAGAGUACUCAUUUUACCUAAUCCUUAUAAACACUGAGUAUUCUCUUAAAAAAAAUUAAAUUCUGUUGCAUUUGUAAAAUUUUGCGUUUCUUGCACACAGGCUACUUUUCGUAUUCUACAGAGCUUUGAUGCAUUUGACUGUGAAUUAGAUAGAAAUGGACAAUAUUGUGAAUGUACUAAAUGCCACUGAAUUGUUCAUUUAGAUGGCUAAUUUUAUGUUAUGUGAAUUUCUCCUCAAUAAAAAGUGUUUGUGUACAUGUGUAUGCACGUGCAAAUGUGUCUCUGUGUCUGCCUUGAGAGGAAACUCUCAGGCAGGGAGAACUGCUGUGUCAUGCUUUGGUAGUGAGCAUCAGGAAUGCGACACUUUUCUGCGUAAUGCUCUGAGAGACUAAAUUGAAUGUGUAAUGUGUGCUCCUUUUCUUCCUGCCAGUUAUUUGGUGUAUUGCUGACAAAUUUGGGCAUAUAAUGGAUUAACACUGAGUGAUAGUGCUUGAUCCACCUUGAAGGCAGAGUAUCCUGCUAGAUAUUAACAUGCAGGUUUUAUGGUUGCCUGAGGAACUAUCAAAUAAGCAGUGCAGGAAACAGGGUAAAUAUCAACCCAGUUAGGAAACGUUGUAAACUGCCUGACAUUGUGAAGGGCAUCGUUGAGUGUCCCAGUGUCCUGGGAAAAGUGGCCAACAGUGGUGUGACUGGUAGCUAGAAAACCCUACAGCUAAAGUCUUACCCUAAGUGGAAGGAAGACUGCUGGCCAGAGCACUCGGCUGGAAAUGCAUGUGUUGCAGAACUCACCGGAGCCUGGGUCAACUUAGGUCUGCCCUCUCAGACCCCUGCCUGCCCCUGGGUCUUUCUGCCCCAACCAGGGUUGUAGUAUUUCCUCUUUUUAAACUAGUCUGCUGGCAUUCUUUAUGUAUUCCUGUAUUGAGACUAAAUGAUCUUAAAAUUUGUGGGAACUCUUUAUUAUAUUAAGAUUGUUAAACCCUUUGCCAUUCAUAUUUAUUGUAAA